AUGCCUCUCGUUCAACCCGACAGCAUCUACCGCAUGGAGCGCAGCUACUACCUUGAUGUUCUCGAGACCCAGGUCCAUCGGCUUCGGACUAACCCCGGCCGUCGCCUUCAGGUGGUCGACCACCUUAAGGAGCUUGCUCAGUUGACCCCUGGCUCCAUUGAGGCUUCGCUUGUCAUCGGUGACACUGUCUUCCAUCAGACUUGCUGCAAUCUGCAGCCUCUGUACCUCAACGCCAUUUGCUCUCUUUUGGGGGACGAUGAUCCAGCCCUUGGAUAUCAAAUCGCCGAUAUGCUCGAGGCUGCAGUUCCCGCCGAGGUUCGUAACCCCUACUACCCCCCUGCUGGAUGGUAG